AUGCCAAAGCAACCCAAGUUCCAACUCCACGAGGCCCGCACCUACAGGAGUUUCCUUCUGAUUCGCCCCGAUGACCCAGACCUCCCUGCUCUAACCAUGCUCAGAGAAGUGCUGAAGGUCCUGCAAGCCGGCCGGGGCAACUUCUCCCCCCGCCGGGAGUCCUUCCCCGACACGCAGGUAGGCGAUCUAAUUUUCGAGAUCAUCACCGAAGAUAAUACACUCAAGGGACUGACCGAUGCUGCUGUGCAGUGCAUCACGCAGCAGAUCGAGAACUGGGACUAUGACAAGGACAUGAUCAGAUGGGAACAGUUCGUCGAAGGGAUGGUUUUGAUUGACUAUAGGUAUCUGCACUAG